GGCGAGAGCUUGCUACGCGGAUGCCGAUGUUUACCUGUUGGACGACCCGUUGGCGGCGGUGGACGCGCACGUUGCGAACCACUUGCUGACUCACGUUAUCGGUCGUCGGGGUUUGUUGGCAGGUAAGACAAGGAUCAUUGCAACGCACCAUCCCGGUGCCAUCGCCGAGUCGGACCAAGUUGCUUUGCUUGUCGGUGGCCGCCUCGUGGAAUACGGCACGUACUCAAAGCUGAUAGCUAAGAAGAACAGUCAGCUAAAUAUAUUCCUGCGAAGCAAGGAGCUGCGCAAACGACUCCUCUCCGACCAAGUGGACAGUGAGCAGGUGCCGAAUAGGUCGUUGGAGUGGUCACUCACGAGCCUCAGAAAGCGAUCAUGCUCUGAAUCCUAUCCAACAGCGCAUAACGCCAUUCCAGGAGAUUACGCUGAGUGCGUGGACGUUGGAAGUUACUUUUGGCUCCUAUUUCUUUCCCCUCUAGCAUUAUUGCAGGAGGAUCAGGCAUGGCACGCGGAACACGAGCAAGACGACACGGUUUCCGUCCACAGCAGACCCGACUCCCCCGAGUUUGACAUCAUUCGAUUGAGGAGCAUUACGGUUAAGGAGGCGAAAAGGAGCGACGCAAAGGCAGAUAUUCCCUACAAAUCGGUGGAGGAAGGUGGGCAGGACCAAUCCAGGAACAAGCCGAAGAAGACCCUGGAGGAGACCAGCGCCACCGGACGAGUCAAGUUCGCGGUCUUUUGGAUUUACAUCCGCAGCAUUGGAAUAGGUAUUCUUCUGGCUGGUGUAUUCUUGCUUCUGAUGAACCAAAUCGCGUGGCUUGGUAGCAACAUCUGGCUGGCCGAGUGGUCUGGCGACUCCGCAAGGAAUAAGAACCUCACCGACUCGGCCAAUGCCACCGGUACCAUGGAUGGCCAAAGCUACAGAGACGAGGUGGCCAGAAUGAAUAGUCUGAGGAAUCUGCGUUUGGGCAUCUACGGUUUGAUUGGUCUGGCCCAAGUUAUUUUCAACCUCUUUGCCUGUGUGCUGCUGGCAAUUGGCGGUAUGCAUGCCGUCACGUUGCUUCAUCACGGCCUCCUGAAGUGCAUUCUGCACGUUCCAAUUAGCUUUUUCGAUUCGACCCCACAGGGUCGGAUAAUGAAUAGAUUCUCGAAUGAUUUCGCCACGGCUGACAGUCAUUUGAUACGGUCGUUUCGCGCCAUGACAACAACAUUGUUCUCCUGCCUAAUCACGUUCGCGCUGUGCGCUCUACCUAGCGCCUACAUUCUCAUUCCCCUCGUGUUCUUAUUGGCUUUCUAUUGUGUCAUGCAGAACCUGUUUGUGACCACGAGCCGUCAGCUGAAGCGCCUCGACUCGGUGAGCAAGUCGCCGAUCUUUUCGCACUUCGCCGAGACCCUCCUGGGUGUGGAC